UAAAAUAAUAUCAAAAAUAAAAACUCAAAGCCAGCCAGCGAUGGCUAGAUAACGAAAAAGAAAGGGAAAAUCAGAAACCUUCAGCUCAGACCAGAGAAGAAGAGGAGGAAGGAGAAAAGCUGCGAACUGAAAGAGAAAAAAGAGAAGAGAAGAGAAUAAGAGAGGAAUGGAGUCGACGGAGUCGUCUUACGUGUCAUCACCAGAGGCGGCGAGGAAGAGAUCUCCGCCGCCGCCUAAAUCGCCGACUUCUGAAACUGCAGAGAAGCACACAUAUAUCAGGUUUCUUGUCUCUAAUGCUGCGGCUGGUUCUGUAAUUGGAAAGGGUGGUUCGACAAUUACCGAAUUUCAGUCAAAAUCUGGAGCUCGAAUUCAGUUGUCACGCAAUCAUGAAUUUUUUCCAGGAACAUCAGACAGGAUCAUUAUGAUCUCUGGAACAAUUGAUGAAGUACUCAAAGCCAUGGAACUUAUCCUUGCUAAAUUAUUGAAUGAGCUUAAUAUUGAAGAUAAUGAUGAUGUUGAACCAAGAACAAAAGUUAGGCUAAUUGUUCCUAAUAGCUCUUGUGGCAGCAUAAUUGGGAAAGGAGGGGCUACCAUAAAGUCAUUUAUUGAAGACUCCCAAGCUGGCAUUAAGAUAUCUCCACAGGAUAAUAAUUUUUAUGGCUUGAAUGAUAGGCUAGUGACACUGACUGGCACUCUAGAUGAGCAGAUGCGAGCAAUUGAUUUGAUUCUGUCCAAGCUUAGUGAAGACCCUCACUACUUACAAGCCAUGCAUGCCCCAUUUUCAUAUGCAGGUAUUUUCUUCUCUGGUUUUCAUGGUAUUCCAUAUGCAUAUGUGCUUCCUUCUGUUGCAACAGCGACUUACAAUUCAAUGAGCUAUCCAUCAAACGGGGCUGGAGGGAAGUUUCAGAAUCACAAGGAGGAUCGUAGCAACUCUGUCACGAUUGGUGUUGCGGAUGGGCAUAUUGGGCUGGUUCUUGGUCGUGGCGGAAGGAAUAUUAUGGAAAUUAGUCAGCUAAGCGGGGCCAGGAUAAAAAUAUCGGAUAGAGGUGAUUUCAUGUCUGGAACAACAGAUAGGAAAGUUACAAUCACGGGAUCACAGAGAGCAAUUCGUCAAGCUGAGUCCAUGAUAAUGCAGAAGGUAGCAUACGCCACCGAUAGGGUGAUGGAUUAGUUUUCGGGUUACGAGAACCAUUCUUGUUCGAGUCUCUUUUGGUGGAACCGCUUACGAUUAGAAACAUAUCCACAUUCAUUGGCACAUCAUGAGUUGACAAAGCUGAGAGUAUGACGGUAGCAGCAAAAAACGUGACAUUUUUUUUUUAUCAAGCAGAGCACUUAUUUAGGAUUCAUCGGAACAUACAGACUAAAUUUAUUGAUUUAAACCCAAAAAAAAAAAAGAGGAAAUGAUGUUGGAAUAGGCUAUAUGAUUGCCUUUUGGUUAUAUAAUUGUAACAGCUAGAUGUUGUUUACGUAUGGUAUAUUAUUAUGUUGUAGCCUGCUUCAUUGAACAUCUUGAAUUAUAAUUUGAGAGGAUGGGGAUCGGAUACCUUUGUUUUUUGA